CGCCGCCGAGGAGGCAGCCGCCGGCGGGCGAGGGGGGCGCGGUGGCGCGGACCUCGCCGGGCAUUCCGCCGCCCGCCCUGGCCCCGGCCCCGGCCGCCGCGCGCGCCCGCAUGUCCUACAAGCCCAACUUGAUCGCGCCCAUCGCGGCGCCGCUCGGCCCAGCUCAUUCUCCUUCCACCAUCAUGGCCGGCUCGGGGCAGUACAGACACCUGAUCAAUGAUUACGGACCCCCAUCUCUAGGCUAUGCGCAAGGAGUGCAGGGGACCGGCAGCAGUCAAGUCCCCCAGAGCAAAUACGCAGAACUUCUGGUCGUCAUAGAAGAAUUAGGAAAAGAAAUUAGGCCUACGUAUGCCGGAAGCAAAAGUGCCAUGGAAAGGCUAAAACGAGGUAUCAUUCAAGCAAGAGGACUGGUCCGAGAGUGUUUAGCAGAGACUGAGAGAAAUGCAAGAUCUUAAUAUCCAUCUCUUUUGAACCCCACCUCCUCCCACCUCCAAGAGAACACAGUUCCCUUGGAAAUGAUGGAAACAUUCAGACCAACCCUUAAACUGACAAUUCUAUUUUUCCUCUUCCAGCCUUGGACAUUGCCCUUUCCAACGAUGGGUCUGUACCCAAGGAUUUGUGUGCCCAAUACAAUUUCUGGAUGCCACACCAUUUCCCUUCCUCCCAUUCAGACACUUCCUUCCAUUGUGUCGCAGGCUGCUUUUGAAACUCGCUCCGUUUCAGCAGGCUACCAUCCACAAAUGUGGGUCAGUAAAUCCAAAGCCUCCCCUUGGAUGAACGGAAAUUGUUCAGAGCAGUGUUUCUCAACCUUGGCAACUUUAAGAAGCGUGGACUUCAGUUCCCGGAAUUCUGGGAACUGCAGUCCACACUUCUUAAAGUUGCUAAGGUUGAGAAAAAUGGUCCAGAGGAUUUUUUUUUUUUGUUCCCCCCACCCCAGAUCCUAUUCCUAGUUGGGUUCUCCCCUCUCCCAUUUAACCUGUCAGUUGCACCCAACAUCCUCUGCCCGCUUUCUGCCUUCGCUCUCCAGACUCUCCCCCCCCCCCCCGAGGAUCUGCAUUCAGGGCCUGCACAGCUUUCCAAGGGUCGCUUGCUGAAAUAGAGCUGGACAGAUUUCCCUAAUAGAAAUCCCUCGUUACAUGUUUUUCUAACAAUGCGUCAAUACUUCUACGUAUGUUCACGUAGAACACCAUUACGUGGAUGAGGUGUAGACAUCCACACAGAAACCAGGAUCUUUUACAAUGCACCAAGGUAAACACUUAGGAUUUGCAGGGUAAGCCUCUUUGAAAAAAAAUGCCUUAACCACCCCAAAUUAACAAGCCUAACAGCCAAACCAUUUCAGGAAUUGUUUUUAAUGCUGAGGAGUAUAAAGGUCCCCGCCUUCUGCCCGUCGAACACCAUCAUUAUCAUCCAGAGUAUUAUAUAUUUGGCCCGCAGACCAUAAACUGCAUCCCAAAUGUCCCCUUUUGCAUGAGUUUUCCAAAAUCAUCCAAAAACGCACGCAUUCCUCCCAAGCAGAAAACAGCCAAUUCAGACCUAUCGCCAGGCCCCAAAUUAACAAUCCUCCCUUUCCCAGGUUUAAAUUGUAACUUGGCAUCUUUGUAUGUAUUUAUUACUUGACGUAAUAAAGCUUAUUUUCAGUAA